AACCCAAUGAGAAGUUUAAGUCCUAAGUAUUUCUACUUUCACUUUAAAAACUGCCCUGACCAUGGAGGUCGCAAUGGCUGCUACCUCUGCUACAAAGUGGAAAGAACACAGAGGGGCUUACCCUUCGACAUGGACACCGGGGUUUUUGAAAAUAAGUUCUAUCCCGAGAAGCCUGAGCACACAGAAAUCUGCUUCUUGAAUUGGUUCAAGACCCAGCCAGCAUUCUUGGCCCAGAACCUGUCCCACGAGGAGAAAUACUAUGUCACAUGGUUCAUGUCCUGGAGCCCCUGCUUCCAAUGUGCGAGGCAGGUGGUCGAGUUCCUGAAGGACCACAAGUAUGUGCAGCUGAGCAUCUUUGUUGCCCGCCUCUACUACUCCAAGAGGCCCCAGUACCAGCAGGGGUUGCGCAGCCUGCAAGGCGCAGGGGCCCAGGUGGCAAUAAUGACUCCAGCUGACUUUGCCUACUGCAGGAAGAUCUUUGUGGAUGACCCCCAUAAACCAUUCCGGUACUGGAAAGGAAUAUAUAUAAACAGUUGCAGCCUAUCUAAGACUUUGGAGGACAUUCUCAGGAAUCAGGGAAAGCCUGGGUCCCUCUGCACAGAGGAGCCUGUCUCCAGCAGAAGUCAGCUCUGUCCAGAGGGAGGGCCUCAGAGGAGGAGGGAAGGUGGGUCUGAGGUUGAGGAAGAUCACAGCCCAGGGCUGCCCACCGGCCCCCGCUGCCAACGCAGGAAGAAGGUGGGGCCUCAGCUGAGAAGGUGGGAAAUCCUCCAUCAAGGGACUUUCCUAAAACCUGGGCCUGUGAGCAGAAAUGAAGCGCCAGCGCCGGAGACCAAGGACAAGGCGGAGGCCACAUUCACCCCGGUGCCCUGGCCCAGCAUGUAUCCCAAGACCUUCAACUUCAACUUCCAAAAUCUAAAUGGCUAUGGGCGGAAGUCUACCUUCCUCUGCUUUGAAGUGGAAAAAUGGGAGGAUGGCUCAUUUCUUGACUAUCAAAAUGGUGUCUUUCGAAACCAGUUGUAUCCUGGCCACGCAGAACUCUGCUUUCUGGAUUGGUUCCGUGAGAAGGUUCUGUUUCCUGAUGAGAUUCGGUGUCCUGAUGUGCAAUACCGUGUCACCUGGUACGUAUCCUGGAGCCCCUGCUUUGAGUGUGCAGAGCAGGUGGCUGACUUCCUGAAUGAGAACGAGAAUGUGGACCUGAGCGUCUCCGCCGCCCGCCUCUACUUGUAUGAGGACGAAGAUGAGCAGGGGCUUCGAGAUCUGGUUGCUGCAGGGGCGAAGGUGGCCAUGAUGGCUCCAGAGGACUUUGAAUACUGUUGGGAUAAUUUUGUGUACAACGGGGGAUGGCACUUCACGUAUUGGAAGAAUGUGCGUCGAAAUUAUCAUAGUCUGCAGCAGCAGCUUGAUGAAAUCCUCUGGUAUGAGUUUCCUCACCCCCCGCCCCCGCCCCCACCUUACCUCCCACAACCUUCACCUGAGUCUGGGCCUCUCUGCUCCUUCAGGGACUUGAGGAUUCAUGACUUUAUUUUUGGGAUGGAAUGA